AACCAUGACAAGUUUUGUCAGUAUAAUAUACAUAAAAAGUCGAUGUUAUGGGAUUCACUUCUCGCAGCAACCACGUUACGGUCUUGGUGAGAAACCUGUCUAGAGUAGAGCCCUCUUCAGCUUGGUUUAAAAGAUCCAACCAAUCAUGAGAGAGUGCAUCAGCAUACAUAUUGGCCAGGCCGGAACUCAGAUCGGCAAUGCAUGCUGGGAACUGUACUGUCUGGAGCACGGUAUUCAGCCGGACGGCCAGAUGCCGUCAGACAAGACGAUUGGCGGAGGGGACGACUCGUUCAACACGUUCUUCAGUGAAACCGGCGCCGGCAAGCAUGUGCCCCGGGCCAUCUUCGCCGACCUGGAACCUACAGUCAUUGAUGAAGUUCGUACUGGCACGUAUCGUCAACUGUUCCACCCGGAGCAGCUGAUCAGCGGGAAGGAGGACGCCGCCAACAACUACGCCCGCGGCCACUACACCGUCGGCAAGGAGAUGGUGGACGUCGUGCUCGACAAAAUCCGCAAACUCGCCGAUGCGUGCACAGGUCUUCAAGGCUUUCUUAUAUUCCACAGUUUCGGCGGAGGCACUGGAUCCGGGUUCUGUGCCUUGCUCGUGGAACGCCUCUCCAUCGACUACGGCAAGAAGUCCAAGCUGGAGUUCGCCAUCUACCCCGCGCCCCAGAUCUCCACGGCUGUCGUAGAGCCUUACAACUCAAUCCUGACGACCCACACGACACUGGAACACACCGAUGUGGCCUUCAUGGUGGAUAACGAAGCCAUCUACGACAUCUGUCGCCGGAAUCUGGACAUCAGCAGGCCGACGUACACGAAUCUGAAUCGACUAAUCAGUCAGAUCGUCAGCAGCAUUACGGCGUCACUGAGGUUCGACGGCGCCCUCAACGUCGACCUGACCGAGUUUCAGACCAACCUGGUGCCUUACCCUCGAAUCCACUUCCCUCUGGCCACCUACGCGCCUGUCAUCUCGGCCGAGAAAGCGUACCACGAGCAGCUGACUGUGGCUGAGCUGACCAACGCCUGCUUCGAGCCGGCCAACCAGAUGGUCAAGUGCGACCCUCGUCACGGGAAAUACAUGGCCUGCUGCCUGCUCUACCGAGGUGACGUUGUUCCCAAGGACGUCAACGCCGCCAUCGCCACCAUCAAGACCAAGAGGACCAUCCAGUUCGUCGACUGGUGUCCCACUGGGUUCAAGGUCGGGAUCAACUACCAACCACCCACCGUGGUUCCUGGAGGCGACCUGGCCAAGGUCCAGCGAGCUGUUUCAAUGCUGAGCAACACGACCGCAAUUGCCGAGCCGUGGGCUCGUCUGAAUCACAAGUUUGACCUGAUGUACGCCAAGCGCGCCUUCGUACACUGGUACGUCGGUGAGGGUAUGGAGGAGGGGGAGUUCUCGGAGGCUCGCGAGGAUCUGGCUGCCCUGGAAAAGGACUAUGAAGAGGUGGGAAUGGAAUCGACGGAGGGUGAAGCUGAAGAUGACAACGAUGAAUACUAGAGAAGAGCGAAUAUCGCACAGAACCGAAGAUGAACAAUUACCCUUUCCUUCUCGUCGUCUAUAAAAUACACAGUCUCCAACUUUUAUAAACCUAUGUAAACAGGGUUGGCUUUUUUUCGAAUAUAAAUUUUUGCACAUCGAA